AUGAAGCCGGAAAAGCGAACACCAAUACCCGCAGUAACUGAAAACAUACCUGCAAUGGAAAUAAAAUAUUCGGAUUGCAAGGAAGAAAUGACAACGGAAACGGUGACUGAGGAAACAGAACCUGAACGCGGGAAUUGGACGGGACGUUUCGACUUCCUAUUAUCACUUCUAGGAUAUAGCGUUGGAUUAGGCAAUGUCUGGCGAUUUCCAUAUCUCUGUUACAAUAACGGUGGAGGUGCAUUUUUAAUUCCGUUUACGGUGAUGCUUGUGAUUGCGGGUCUUCCGCUUAUGUUUAUGGAAUUAUCGUUUGGCCAAUACGCUGCUCUAGGACCCGUCGCAGUUUAUAAUAGAUUCUGUCCUCUCUUCCGAGGAUUGGGUUAUGGAAUGGUCAUAGUAUCCUGCAUAGUAAUGUUGUAUUAUAAUCUCAUCAUCGCCUGGACAAUUUACUAUAUGGUCGUAUCAUUCGCGAGUAUAUUUUAUCAACUCCCCUGGCAAAACUGUGACGCCGACUGGAGUACUAAAUUCUGCUACUCAUACGAAGAGGCAGACAGGUGUCAGGCACAAAACGGCACAUAUUACUUACGAGAAUGUCUGAAUCAAAGUUACGCUACCCUUCACGACUAUGUAUCAAAGGCUGAAAAGGCUCUACGUCGACCUCCCGCUGAAGAAUAUUUUACUAAUCAAGUGCUGGGAUUAUCGUCUGGAAUUGAAGAAACAGGUCAAAUUCGUUUGGGCAUGGCUGGUUGUUUAUUUGCCGCCUGGCUUAUUGUGUUUCUCUGUUUAUGCAAAGGUGUUCAAUCAUCAGGAAAGGUGGUAUACUUUACGGCGCUAUUUCCAUACGUUGUACUUGUAAUACUAUUCAUUCGGGGAGUAAGUUUGCCAGGAGCGUCAACGGGAAUCUUAUUUUAUUUAACGCCAGAUUUUAGCCAACUUGCUAACGCUCAGGUGUGGGGUGAUGCUGCAGUCCAAAUAUUUUUUGCCCUGAGUCCAGCUUGGGGAGGUCUGAUAACACUGUCGUCCUACAACAAGUUUUCAAAUAACUGCUACAUUGAUUCAUUAAUAGUGGCUGUGUCAAACAUAGCAACAUCAUUUUUUGCUGGCUUGGUUAUAUUCUCUGUGAUAGGAUUUUUGGCUCAUGAGUUGCACGUAAGCGUAGAUCGAGUAGUAGAUCAAGGAGCAGGCCUAGCGUUUAUAGUCUAUCCUGAAGUCGUAACUAGACUACCAGUCUCACCACUUUGGUCAAUUUUGUUCUUCGUUAUGCUUUUAACUUUAGGACUUGACUCUCAGUUUGCCUUAAUGGAAACUGUAACAACUGCUAUAUUGGAUCGAUUUCCUAAUUUUCGUCAAAAGAAAGUUUGGGUUGUACUAACGGUAGCCAUAUUUGGUUACAUUGGUGGUUUGAUUUUUACGACUAAUAGUGGAAUGUAUUGGUUACAACUUAUGGACAAAUAUGCGGCAAAUUGGUCGGUCCUCAUUAUUGCUAUCGGUGAAUGCAUUCUAAUAGCCUGGAUUUACGGUGCAGAAAAGUUUUGCCGAGACAUACAGACGAUGAUCGGGAGGCAAUCAAAACUUUGGGUUUUGUUUUGGAGUGCUAUGUGGCGAGUCAUCACCCCAGCUGCUCUAGUGUUUAUUUUGGUAUUUAAUUGGAUCGAGUACAAACCUGCAUCGUAUGGACAAUAUGUGUACCCUAUGUGGGCUGAUGCUGUUGGCUGGAUAGUUGGAGUUUUACCAAUUGUGGUAGUAGUUCUUAUGGCAAUUGAUAAGAUUUGCAAUGGACCUGAUGACCUGACGAUUAUGGAGAAAGCCCGCGUUCUUGCUCGUCCGACGGAGGAGUGGGGCCCGGCGUCGGGGUCGGUGUGCAGUGCACUGCGCAUGGAGACCGAGUUGUCGCCGCCCGUGCUGCUGCUCCACGGCCGGCACGUGCUCCGCGAGCGCGGCGCAUGACCCCCGCACGCUCAUCCGCUUAUUGCCAUGCGGAAGACAUCUCAUGACGGCAUUGACGCAACUUCUAUUACUAGUGGCAUUGAAAAUGAAAUAAAGAAAGCAGGGGCAAACUUCAGUAAAA